CUCUCCUGAAACAUGAUGAGGCGUCCAGCCCUCUGGGAAUCCCUCCCGGCCCGGAGCGCCCGGCGCAUCUGUGUCCACCAGAGGCGAGAGCGGCGACCGCGGCCGUAACAAACAUCAGCCGGGGAGAAAAGUGAUAGAAACCUUCAACUCUGCACUCCUCCGUCAUCUGCGGUCCAAACCCAGAACUGUAGUUCUGAAGCAUCCAGUAGUAAAGUUACCUCCAACCUCCAAAAGAAGCUCUCUGAGAAGAUCCUUCAGGAAGAAUCCAGCUCUUCUUCUCUCUUCUUCUAACAGAAGCUGAUGCUGCUGAAGCUUUGGAUUGCUAUUAUAUUAUAUUAUAUUAUACUAAAUAUCUGCGUCAAAUCUAAAGAAAAAGUCACACUCUGAAGGAUCAGCCAGAGAUUUCUACUCUGCCUGAUAAUGGCUUCAGGUUUUGGGGGGCUUCAUUCCAUUCAAAAUGCUCAUAUCUGGAGGAUUUCUGAUCCUGCGCUCCAUCAAAAUGCCUCUCUUUUCUCCACCGCACGCCUCUCCUUUCUGUCCGAAUGAGAAGCUCGAAGACGAAGAAGAUGAAGCUGGUGGAUUUUUGUGCGCUCUGCGAAAAGGAGAACUGGAGCCGAGCAGUGGAAACUAACUCUGAAGCAUUGUAUAGAACAGACAAGUCAGCAUGGGGCGCAAACUCUUCCAGAAACUUCCCAUGAACUUCUGCUAGGAGUUAGGCGGAAACGAGAGCCAUGGAUGGAGGCCAAAUGGAGAACUCCUCACUCGGCGCCAACGCAUCCGACAUCCAUCUCGUCACUCACAGCCUGUGGGAGGUCAUCACGAUAGCAACGGUCUCAGCCAUAGUGAGCUUGAUCACGAUAAUCGGGAACGUUCUUGUGAUGGUGUCCUUCAAGGUGAACAGUCAGCUGAAGACUGUGAAUAACUACUACCUGUUGAGCUUGGCAUUUGCCGAUCUAAUCAUUGGUGUUUUCUCAAUGAAUUUAUACACUUCCUACAUAUUGAUGGGUUACUGGGCACUCGGUAGCCUGGCGUGCGACUUGUGGUUGGCUCUGGACUAUGUGGCCAGCAAUGCCUCGGUAAUGAACUUGCUGGUCAUUAGCUUUGACCGCUACUUUUCCAUUACGAGGCCUUUGACCUACAGAGCCAAGCGAACUCCGAGGCGUGCAGGAAUCAUGAUCGGAUUGGCUUGGCUUGUGUCAUUCGUCCUUUGGGCACCUCCGAUUCUGUGUUGGCAGUAUUUCGUAGGCAAGAGGACGGUACCUGAGAGGCAGUGUCAAAUCCAGUUCUUCUCAGAACCAGUGAUAACCUUUGGCACAGCCAUUGCAGCGUUUUACAUCCCCGUUUCCGUAAUGACCAUCUUGUACUGUCGGAUAUACAAGGAGACGGAAAGGCGCACCAAGGACCUGGCCGAGCUCCAGGGCGUCAACCAUUCUACAGACUCUACUACAGACACUAAAGCCCAACCACAGAGGGCCAUCAUCAGGUCCUGCUUCAGCAGCACCUCAAGAGACAAGAAGCGAUCGUCCUGGUCCUUGUCCAGCCGCUGCAAAUCCGUGAAAUCCUCAGCUGCUUCAAACGACGAGUGGUCCAAAGCUGACCAGUUGGCCACCUUCAACAGCUACGCCUCUUCCGACGACGAGGACCGGCCCAUAUCUCCUGGAGUCCUCCCAGCGUACAGGAACCAUGCGUGUGGCGAGAACAAAACUGGGCUGUCCAAUGACAGUGAACAGCUGAGCACCCACGAAGACGACAACUUCUUCCCAUCUCCAGUCAAAAGUAACUCCCAAAAGAGCAAGAAGUGCGUCUCGUACAAGUUCAAGACAGCCGCCAAAGAAGGCAACUCUCUGCAGACCAACAGCCAAGAAGACACCAAAGCAGCGUCCUUCUCCUCAGCCGAAUCCAUGAGCGCCCCGUCCACCGCUUCGUCCUCCAAACCCAUUGACGCGACGCUCAAGAGCCAGAUUACCAAGCGCAAGAGGAUGGUCUUGAUCAAAGAGAGGAAGGCCGCACAGACACUCAGCGCCAUUCUGCUGGCCUUCAUCCUCACAUGGACGCCUUACAACAUCAUGGUGCUCAUCUCCACCUUUUGCUCCGACUGCAUCCCUCUGUCUCUCUGGCACCUGGGCUACUGGCUGUGCUACGUCAACAGCACCGUCAACCCAAUGUGCUACGCCCUCUGCAACAAGAACUUUCAAAAGACCUUCCGGAUGCUUCUGCUGUGCCAGUGGAAGAAGAAGCGUGUAGAGGAGAAGCUUCACUGGUACGGACAAAACCCUGUUGUGGGGAACAAGUUAACGUAAGGGCAUCUGAACAAAAUCGACGAUAAUGAUGAUGAUAAUGAGCGCACGCUAACUGUUUCGAUAAACCCUCUCUAGAAUCUAGAUGAAUAAUACAGAGAGUGAGAAGUGACUUAUGUACAGGGGUUGGACAAUGAAACUGAAACACCUGUCAUCAUUUUAGUGUGGGAGGUUUCAUGGAUAAAUUGGAGCAGCCUGUUGGCCAAUCUUUAAUCCAUUAAUUGCACAUUGCACCAGUAAGAGCAGUGUUUUGCUCUAAAUAUUGCAAUGCACACAACAUUAUGGGUGACAUACCAGAGUUCAAAAGAGGACAAAUUGUUGGUGCACGUCUUGCUGGCGCAUCUGUGACCAAGACAGCAAGUCUUUGUGAUGCAUCAAGAGCCACGGUAUCCAGGGUAACGUCAGCAUACCACCAAGAAGGACCAACCACAUGCAACAGGAUUAACUGUGGACGCUGUAAGAGGAAGCUGUCUGAAAGGGAUGUUCGAGUGCUAACCCGGAUUGUAUCCAAAAAACUCCAUAAAACCACGGCUGAUCAAAUCACGCAGAAUUCAAUGUGCAACUCAACUCUCCUGUUUCCACCAGAACUGUCCGUCACCACAAUCAAUUAUUGUGGCCUAAAACCAGGUGUUUCAGUUUCAUUGUCCAACCCCUGAAUAUCUUAACGUUUACAAUCAGACACAAUUUCUGGUCUCUCUGGUGUCAUCAUCACUG